AUGUGCGUUCUCCAUAAAACCAAUCCACAGCUGAAGAAAGUCGAGAUCAGCACAUUUCUAUACUAUACUGGAGUUGAUACCGCCAACUCGGCCUCAAUUGCCGUGCAUCUCCAGGCGCUUGCCAACUUGAUUUCCGCGAAAUCGCAGUAUUGGUACAAUGAGAAGAAACACUGGAAAGUGCCCGAGUUGACGUAUUGUUGUUACAACGCCUUUUCCAAAGUGGAUAUGCGCGUCACCGUCCACAUUCCUGGUAAGUUCGAGAGUGUUGUCGUGGCUAGUAAUGGUAAAAUCGUAGAAAACUUGGACUCUGCAAACUUGGAGCAGUUGUGGCUCGAGGCCCUGGUCUCGGCCAUGGUGCGUUGUCUCAUCGACACAGAGGCUGACGAGGCCAAUAAGGCUGGAGGGCUCGUCGAAAUACGCCGCGAGAAUCCGUUUGUACAGGGCCAAAAGCUCAGCGAACAACUUUUGAGCAGCUUCCUUGCUGGCUUCGAACAGUUGUUUUGGGACGGACCUAAGUUGGGUUGUAGUAUCGAGUGUCCUAACCCUUCGUAUGUGCAUAACUACUUGGUGGAAGGCUUUUUGAGAUGCAUCGAGCUUACUCAGAGAUAUGACGAAGCUUUGCUGAUCGUGGAACGUCUUCUGGAACAAAAUAGCGCUGUGUCGGUCUUGAAGGCCAAGAUUUUGCUCAUGAAGGAUGAGGAAAUCCACGCCGUGCAAGUCAUGAGUGACCGCAUUCGUGCAGACGACCGUGACUCCGAGAUGUUGUUGUUGGAGGCACAGUUUUUACUUGACAAGAAGAAGCCAGAUUUGGCCCUCCAUUUGGCAAAGCAAGCAGUCCACUCGUCACCUUCAGACUUCAAGGCGUGGGCCACCUUGGUCACCGUCCAUACCAAACUCAACGAUUUCGAAAGCGCGCUUCUCUCCCUCAAUUCGUGCCCUAUGAAUGCCCACAAGGAAAAUUUCUCCUUGAAAAGAGUGGUCACCGUCCUGCCAGGUCCAGACAAUAUCCACUUGCCCUCGCCUACAGACGUGUCUCUAGAGCAGGUGACCGACUUGCUGAGUGCAACAUUUGUCGCCGAACAAAAAGCUCUUGACCAAGAGCUCGCAUACAUGCCAGCAGCAAAUCUCAAGUCGACGUUUGCCUCUGCUUACGAUCUCCUUACCGAGAUUGCUUUGAAGACUGGUUGGGAGCAGUUGUUGAAAUACAGAGCCCGCGUGUUUGUUAUGGAAGAAGAAUACCGUAAGGAUAAGAGUAACGCCCACUCUAAGCGCGAGUCGAGGGUCGAUGUUGGCGCUGAUGGAGCAGAUACCUACAGCGAGGACCAGAGGCUUCCUGCAACGGAUGACUCUUCGACAGUUGCCUUGAAGUCACCCAUCCGCAACAAAGCAGCUCCAGCCUCUGCUGCAGCCCCAGAAGAUGCUCGCGCUGAGCUCGACUACAAGAAGAAAAGACUCUGUGAACGUUGGCUUGACAACUUGUUCAUGCUACUCUACGAAGACUUGAGAGUUUACACCAUGUGGCAGGCCGAGUUUGUUAGAUUCCAAGCGCAGCAACUCGAUUACAAACGUAGCACCUUAGAGUGGGAGAUAUUGGGCCUGUUGGCAUUCCGCUUAAAGCACUACAAGGAAGGGUCCGUUGCAUUCACCAACGCACUCAAAACUCGCUUUGCGGCCAAGGCUCAGAGAGAAAUGUUGAAAUACUACAAGAUGGAGCGCACCAAGUUGUUGUCCAAGAUGAAUACCAUAGAGAACAGAGCACACAGUGACAACUAUACCAAAACCGUACACCAGCUCAAUGAAAAAAUCUUGGACUGUUGCAUCAAACUAUUGGUCUGGAAUCACCGCUGGUACAAUGAUUUUCUGCCGUCGCUCAUUGGAACCGUUGCCGAUUUGGUUGCAAAAGAGGGACUUAUCAAAAUCAAGUCCAUUGUGCAGGCAGGCUACUCCCAACGAACUGGACUGUCCGACGGUGCCAUCAACAACGGAGUGACCGACAUGAUGGAGCAGCUCUUCCAGUUUUUCAAAGAAUUUCAACUCCAAGGAACAGAAAAUUAA